AUGGCAGCUAAUUAUGCUACCGGGAAUGUUUCCAGGAGUAAUUCGAUGAACAAUCUGUCCAACGCUGCAGCAUCGGCGGCGCUGCGCAAACAUUCCUCUACGUCCAACCUGGUAGACCAUAGGAUCGCUGGGCAACGCACGAUGUCACUAAACUCCCGCACUUUUAGGGCUCCUGCUUCAUAUGUCAAAAGGUCUAAUUCUCUGCAAUCCGCCUCCUAUACCCAUAAUCCAAACGUCUACCGUUCCAGCAGCAUUACGUCCAGCAGUUUCAGGCCUUCAGGCAACUCCCGCACUAACUCUCUGACGUCCAAUUCCUCCAGAUACACUACUGGCUUCACCACUACCACAACCACCACAACGAAGAAACUGCCGUCGAACCGUCAGAGCACGCCGACCACGAUCGUGAAGACCACCAAGGAGCAGGACGCCAAUGGCAGAACACGCUCCAUCACUAAAACCACCAUUGAGCAGAAAGACGGCUUCGAAAUCGUCAAAACAACAGUUGUGAAACCGAGUAUAGUGGAGAAUUACAGCGAUCUGGGAAGCAUUGCAGAAGGAUUUGACGACGACUUCUACCACGAAGAGGAACCGCUACCAAACAACACCCAGGAACUGGAGAACAUUCAAGAGGAACCAACCGAGCCGGAGAAAAUCGAAUCGACACAACACGGACAGUCUCAACCUGAAACAAACGAGUCCGCAGAAUCUGCAAGGACCCAUACGUACCGCCAACUCACCCAAACCAACGUCAAGCCGCGCACCAGUCUUUCGCCAGCACGCAUAAUCCUAAAGAACCCUGCUCCCGACGACGAAUCGGAUGGACAGUCCAUAUACUCUGACGCCAACGAGGCCACCCCUACCAUCGUGAAGAAUAACUUCAGCGAAAAAGUCACGGAGGAGAUUCCUUCGUAUGCGUCGAGCACCGCCGGAAACUCGCCUCUGAUUCCUCAGAGGUCUGCGUUCAGGGCCCCUUCUGCCAUGGCACCACGUGCUAACAGCAUUACCUCAAAUACCUCGUCUAUGCGGAAGCAGGUUAAAAUUAUGGGCACCGAGCAGGCAGAGGCCCGCUACAGCUCAUCUCCUGCUGUUCCUGCUGCACCUGCCGGUAAGCCUACUCCCGAAGAGCUUUAUCAGCAGGCAUACCAAGUUGCCAUACAGAAAGUGUACGGAGCUCGUCCAAACCCCGUGCCUGACUCGGGAAGUGUGACCGAGAUGGAUGAAGAUACGCAACGGAACACAUUGUUGAACUCGUCGUCGAGCCAAAACAGCCACACGAUGUCUCUGACCCAGAAACCACUGAAUCCAGUGCAGACAAGCCCAGUGUACCAAUCCAAUGCUGCAGGAGCCGGAUUCAAAACCCACACACUACGUGGAGAGCUGGAUAUAAAGGAGGAAAAGAAAUUGAGAGCAGCGCACCACAAGGAGGAGAAGAAGAAGCUGAAAGAGAUACGCAAGGAACAAAAGGACGAGAUGUAUGAGCUGAGCAAGCAACGCAAGUCGGCAAGAGAGAAUGUCGACGUAGUGAACGAGAAGAAACGGAUUUUCAGCUUCAAGAAGAAGGUUCCCUCGACGACGGCCGAAAACGCUACGGGCAACUCCAUCACCGUGACCCUUCCCGUGGAGGAAGAGCACGCGGAUAAUGCUAAGCCUCAAAAGAGCGAAAAAGCAGGCGUUGGGCGCAAGUUUAAGAAGUUUUUCAAUUUGUAG